UUAUCGUUUUGUCAAGAUAAUCACACAAAGAUUUAAAUUUCUAAUAUGGACAAGAAAAAAGCUCAAGAGCAAACCAAAGUAAGUUAAUCAUUUCUCAUUUCAGAUUACUAUUAUAUAUUAUUUUAUGAAAUGUAAGUACGUACAAACAUUUUUUUUUAUUAAUUAUUAUGUAUUACAUUAUAUAAUAAUAACUGAAUAUCUUCUAAUUCAUAUAAAUGUAAUGAUUCAGAAAGUAGUUGCAGAAUUCUCAGUCUCAAUGUAUUGUAAUGCAUGUGAAAGAACCGUUGCCAAAACUAUCUCCAAAUUUAAAGGUGUGGAGAAGUAUAUGACAGACAUGAACAAGCACAGAGUAGUUGUGACAGGAAAAAUUGACCCACAAAAAGUUUUGAAGAAAUUGAGAAAGAAAACAGGGAAGAAAGUAGAGAUUAUUCUUAAAAACGACAAUAAUAAAUCAUUAUUAGAUUGUCGUUUGGAGACACCAAAAGAAGAAGAGGGUAAUAAUAAUAAUAAUAAUUUAUAUUUUAAUAAUUAUCAUAAUAAUUGCAAUGACACUGAAACGCUUAUGAUGAUGUUCAACGACGAGAAUCCAAAUGCUUGUUCUCUAAUGUAAGACUAAUUAAUACAUGUAGUGUACAUGUCUAACUCUGAUGAUAUUUGUAAUAGUAUAUUCACUAAUCAAUUUGGAUUAUACAUUUAGUUAUUUUUGUAGUUUAUUUAUUUAUUUAGUUCAAGAGCUUGUAGUAAAAGAAAUUUGUAUAUUAAGAAAUAGCAUGAUGUAUUAAGUGAAUGUGGUCACGAAUAAAGGGAAAAAAAGUAUGAUUCUAAAUUUAUUUGUUAGAUUCACAAUUAUGAUGAGUUUCUUUCAUUUAUCAAAAAAUAUAAGGGUAAAUACCAUUUUGGACCAUGUAUUUUGCAAAAGUUACAGAUUGGACCCUGUAUUUUGUUAAAUGACAAAAUUGACCCUAUAUUUUCUAAAAUGGUAAAAAUAUGGCCCUGAGCUUAAUUUUAGACAAUUUUUUUUUAAUACAACCAACUUGAAGAUAAUUCCUAAUACGAACAGAUACAAAAAAUGUAAACAGUUUUGUCAUAGCACUUUUAGAUCGAAUUAUAAUUAAACUUUAAAAAUCAAUUCAGGGUCCUAUUUGUACUAUUUUAGAAAAUACAGGGUCCAUUUUGUCAUUUAACAAAACAUAGGAUCCAAUUAGUAACUUUUGCAAAACACAGGGUCCAAAAUGUUAUUUACCCAAAAUAUAAUUAAUAUUAUCCAGUAAGAUUUUGGUGAGGUUCAUCGAAGCAAACUAAGAAAAUAUAUUAGCUAGUGUAAAUGUGAGAGUGUUGGAGGUAGGUUUGGGGGUAAGAAGAUCAUUUUGGAUGGUUGUCAAGGCUUCGCGCUUUAAAAGAAAUUAUAGACCAAUUAUUCUUGAACAAUUUUAUGUUAUAAGCAACAGAAUGGAAUGUGGGAUGAUUAUUGUGUUAUUUUUUUUUUUUUGAAUAAAUUAUUGUGUUAUUUUUAGUGUUGAGGAUACUCAAAUAAUAUUGCAAAUACCAAGUACAAGAUGGGAGCUCAAAGAUAAGAUUCUUUGGUAUUAUAGUAAAAAUAGAGAAUAUAUAUUCAGUUAAUUAAUAAUACAAUAAUAAAGGUAGAUCAAUUUGACGAUCAUCAUGUGUUGGCAUGGUGGAAAAGUCGUGGAAGCUAAAAAUACCACUAAAGGUAAAGCACUUUGUUUUGUAUGGAAGAUGACUCAUUUUUGGUUUCAUACCUAUUUGGCCCUUGCUAAUUAAGGUGUUUGAACAGAGUUGUGCUCAACUGGCCCUUGCUAAUAGAAAAUGUGUUUCAUGCAUUGUGGGGUUGCAAGGCAAACUGAGCUGUAUGGAAGCUAUGUGGAUUAAAGAAACAAGUACAACAUGUGGAGGAGAAGAUGUACUAUUUUUUCUAAUGAGAUUAUCAAAGUCAUGGGAUCAAACUAUGUUUGAGUAUUUUUUUGGUUCUAUCAUGAAAUAUUUGGUUUGUUAGUAAUAAUACUAAAUAAGGGGUUACCCACCACAGGCAGAGGAGAUGAUUGAUUGGGCUUAAAGAAAGGGAGCAUCAAAGGGUUGCUGCGGUUUGGAUUCCACUAGCUUUUGAGGCAUUGAAAAGAUGUUAGUGUGAGGUGAGGUAUGAGCUGAUCUGGUGUGACUUCUGUUAUUCGAAAUUGAGAGGGGCAGGUAGUGUUUGCUUCAUCUACUCUAGCAUGAAUAUCAACCAUUGUAAGUGGAGCUGUUGGUGAUUCAUGAUAGUUUACAAGCAAGAAUUCAAUGAGCAUUACCAAGGUUUAACAUUGAAUUUGAUUGCCUAAAAGCUGUCCAAUUAAUCCAAAAUAAGACGGUUGUAGGGAAGUUGAUGGUGUGCUACGCCAUUUAGAAACUGUUAGAGUUUUACGCUAUAAAUAAAUUUAAUUUCAAUAUAAUCUUAUUUAUGAUCAAGAUCAAAAAAUUAUAUUUUGACCCGGUCCGGCCCCGCCUACUUUCUCCAUCUUAGUGGGUCAGGCCUGACCCAAAAUAAUCGGACCGGGUAGGCCCGAUCUAUUUUUUUUUAAAAAAAAAAAAAAAAAUAAAAAAUCAGCAAAACAUAUUAUAAAUUCUCUCAGGGAAACUUACAAAAAUACUGGAAUUUAGGUUAACUUUUACAAAAAUAUUAUCACACGAAAAAGUUUUCAAAAAUACCAGUAAAACACAAAACAGAACAACUCAAAACAACAGUAGAACAACUAAAAAAUACUA